AUGGCCCCGGACACAGUUGCGUCACCGUCAGCCGCCGACAGUCCCCAGCCCUCAGCCUGCAGCCAGCCAGCGGACACGCCGCAGCCCACGCUGGUGAAGCAGGUCCAGCGGAUGCUGACACCGCCGGCCGACCUGCUCGAGUGGAAGGAUAUGCCGCAGCACCUGCAGUUCAACCCGUACGUGCUGACCGGCUACAGGCCUCUGCAGGGUGUCAAGGGUUGCCUCAGCAGUCUGUUCUACGUGCACAACGAAACCAUCAAUAUUCUCACACACGGCAUUCCAAUUGUUUACAUCCUCGCAACAGUGCCGGCAAUGAUGCCAUGGGAGAAAGACUAUCGCUUUCUGUCGUGGUGUCAUCUGGUCGGUUCCGUUGCACCGUGGUGCGGUAGCUUCGUCUAUCACCUGUUCAUGAACCUGGAGAACGGCGAGGGCAUCUACUAUCGUCUGCUGCAGCUGGACAUGCUCGGCAUCUGGAUCAGCCAGAGCUUCGGAGCGUUACCGAUGGUAACGGCGACGGUGUACUGCCUGAGCUCACCACUGAAAUGGCUACUCAUUAUAUCCUACUCACUGCUGUGCAUUUGGGGCCUGUAUAAGGCGAUGACGGCUUCAUCGCCCUGGCAGCGGAGGCUCUGUUUUCUGCUGCCGUUCAGCAUGCGGAUCAUACUCACCUUGCUGCGAAUCUCCAAGCUCGGCGGUGGAAAUCCUUCCUCACUCACCCACGUCUUCCUGCAGGACGCCGUCUCGGCCGUGGGCGGAGUGAUUGGAGCGAUGCAUAUACCCGAGAAGUGGUUUCCCGGAAGUGUGGACAUCUAUCUGAACUCGCAUAACAUCAUGCACGUGCUGGUGGUGGUGGCCGUCUACUCCAUGCACCAGGCUACCAUACGUGACAUCGAGUGGAUGCAACGGGCAGAAUGCGGCGGACUCAACUACACGUCCACGGUGAACAUAGACUCCAUCAACGCGUCCCAUCUCGAGCUAUGACUUGCGCCACAAGCCCAACGGUGUACCAGCUGCGACUGCGUACGAGCACUUCCGGCCGGCGCCGGCGACGGAUCAUCCUUGCGGAAGGCCACGCCUGCACGCUUGGCAGGCUUUGUUGCAUCCAUUUCGCCGGCAGGUGGAGAUGAUACUAUCCCAAUUGUUUUACAGCGCCUUCGCUAAAACUAAUUAGAGACCCGUCGUCGUCCGAAACAAAGCACGUAGGGAAACCAUGGAAAAGAUGUAGGGAUACUGGCAACGCUGAACGAGCGAUAGGGUGGAAGUCGGUCGGAAUCGAAUGGUAACAAAAAAAAAAAAAGCGAAACAAAACUAGGCAAGCUAAACUAACGGUCCUACCUCGACUAUCGGGUGCGGAGUUCGUUCGGCAAGCGGCAGCUACAAGCAAGCCAGUAAUGUCCACUAUUAUUGUAAAACUAAUUAAUUCAAACAUGACGUUUUCUUACCGUUACCAUAUCUAACUACCGAAGAAUCUAGAAAUUAAAUCUCCUCCGACAAAACAAAGCAAACAAACACAAAAUGAACAACAACAAAAAGACAGGAUUGGAGUAGGAUUUCCCCUUCCUCCAAGCGAGUGUCCAUGGUUGCAGCGAGUGGUCAAUGUUUGGCAUUGUACUAUUGUGAAAUUGGCAGGCAUCAUUAUAGCACCACCGGUAGGAAUGAAAAAUGUUAGGCGAGUUUAGAAACUAUAGCAAUUCUUAUCGUUUCUGACUCUCGUGGUCACUUUAAGAUAUCAGAUAGAAAAGGAUGCACCCUUUCGGAGCCAAUGGCCACGAGCAUUGAGGGCUAGCUGCUUGGGAUAUUCCAAGGCGGCCGAGUAAUAAAGGCCCCGUAGAACCAACUCUUAUAGCAAAAUUUCUCGCUAAGCGAGGUACUACUAUGUAACUUAACGUGGUGUAUCGUACAUUCUGGCGUGUACCUUACCCGAACACAGUAACUUAAAGACAAGAGAGGCAAACGAACAAUCUAUAACACACGGUUCCAAGCAAUGGCAAACACGUUCGGGACAUACCGAGGCUUCCCUUAUUAUAUGAGUACCAGCCAACAAUUAACCCUCUUCGGAGCACAUAUGGGACGUGCUGCGUUGGGGACGAACAUCACAGCUGCAUGGAGCUGCAACACCUGGCGCCUACAACAAGCAUAACUCUAGCUCCAGCACCACCUCAUCUCCAACUCAAACUCGCCCAAACCCCUGAGUAUUCUUCCACAGGCGAAGCGUGUGGCAACCCGGAGAGCAGCGGAGAACACAUAGUAGCACACUGGCGCGACUAGAUCCGCUCCACCUCCGAUCCCCAAAAGGCCUCAACCUGGAGCUCAAUUGCUUUGUACGAAAAUACCUGUCUUAAAAAGGCACCCGCUAGUUUAUGGGUCGGCUAGUAUUCCUAUUAAAUCUUCUUUACCGGUAGAUAGAUGAAAAUGAGACAAUUCUAGUUAAUUAUGUACAC